AUGGCCACUGAGGCACAACAAGCUGAAGCGUUACGAAUCGAAGAGGAACGAAGAAUAGCCGCAGCAGAACGCGAACGUCUUGACGCGGCGAUCGCCACGAGAUUGUCGCGCGAUGGAGGCGGAGCGAUGAUGGACACGCCCACAACGAGCAUGUCAACCGGUGGUUCUUCUAUUGAUUCGACUACCAAGCCGAAAGGAAAAUACGACUUGUCAACAUGGAGAUAUGCAGAGCUGAGAGAUACCAUCAAUACCAGUACAGAUAUGGAACUAUUGCUGGCCUGUAAGGAGGAAUUCCACCGACGUCUACGUAUUUACAAUGCAUGGAAAUCGAGAAAUCAAAGCCAACAAGAGAACGAGACCCCAAGAGCACCAAAUGCUGUCUAUGCCAAUGCACAAAGUAGGUUUUUUCGAAGUUGGAGGUAUUCGGUGGAAAUAAGAUUGUACUAA